AUGUCGUCCGUCAUUAACCCCGUCUCUGACGUAAAAGUCGCAACAUACCACAUACCUCGGCAUGGUCGUUACCCCAACUCCGACGCGGACAAUAAGCCGCUGGUCCACUAUAAAUCGCUUUUCCGGAAGGGCGCUGGGAAGGACGCAAUCAAAGACCACCUCGCGAAGGUGAAUGUCAUCCAACCACAGUGGACGUACACCAUGUAUCCGACCGAUCACUUCCAUACUACAUGCCACGAAGCCAUCGUCAUUCUCAGCGGGUCCGCUCUCUUGGCUUUCGGAGGUGUAGAGAACCCACGAAAAGUCGAACUGGAGGUCGAGCAAGGAGAUGCAUUGCUCAUACCAGCCGGAAUGUCGCACAAGCAGGUCAGAGAGCUGGGGACGAAGGUUUUCGACAUGCUCGGCGCUUACGAGAUCGGUGCGGAGCACUGGGAUAUGUGCUACGGCCGGGAGGAGGAGGGUGAUACAGGCCAGAGGAUCAAGCGCGUUGGCUGGUUUAAACAGGAUCCGUUCUAUGGGGAGGGUGGACCUGCGACGAAACUGUGA